AACAGCGAUAUGGAGCGGGACCGUGAUCGUGACCGCGAUCGCGAACGUGAUCGCGCAGCGGAACGGGACGUGAAACCGCUCGAGCCUCGCGACCUGUCCGCGACGCGCCUCUUCACAGCGACGCAGAUCAAAAUCAGCACCUCGCCCACCACAUCGCCGACCAUUUCCAACUCGUCCUCGCCCACACCCACCCCACCGAUACCGGCCGUCUCGCCGGCAGUGACCGGCGUUGGCAGUGGGUACCAUCAUUCGAACCACAAGCAGAUUACCGGCAUACCGUGUGUGGCUGCAGCAUCCAAGUACACCGCACCGGUGCACAUCGAUGUUGGUGGUACGAUCUACACCAGCUCGCUGGAAACAUUAACCAAAUAUCCCGACUCGCGGCUAGCCAAGCUGUUUAAUGGCUGCAUCCCGAUCGUGCUGGAUUCGCUCAAGCAACACUAUUUCAUUGAUCGCGAUGGAGGCAUGUUUCGCCAUAUACUUAACUUUAUGCGCAACUCGAAAUUGUUGGUGUCGGAAGACUUCCCGGAUCUGGAGCUGUUGCUGGAAGAGGCCAAAUAUUUCGAUAUUGUUCCUAUGAUCAAACAGAUCGAACAUCUGAAGAAAGAGCGUCAGCGUAGCGGGAACGGUAUCCCACCGUUCGGGGGCAAUCGGAGUAAAUGCAAGGGUGGCGUACAGACGGACACUACCAACCACGAUGUGGUGGCGCUGCACAUUUCCCCGGACCUGGGCGAACGCAUACUGAUCUCGGCCGAGCGGGCCGUGCUGGACGAAGUGUUUCCCGAGACGAACCAGGCGAUCCUGGACGCACGGACCGGUGCCGCCUGGAAUCAGUUCGACGGCCGACAGGUGAUACGGUUUCCGCUGAACGGGUACUGCAAGCUCAACUCCAUCCAGGUGCUGACGCGGCUGCUAAAUGCGGGCUUCAGCGUCGAGGCCAGCACCGGCGGCGGUGUCGAGACGCAACAGUUCUCCGAGUAUUUGCUGAUCCGCAAAUGUGCGAUGUGA